AUGUUCUGCUCGAGCUGUGGAUGUGCGUUGGAAGAAGGGGACAAUUUUUGCUCCAAGUGUGGUGCAGGUAAGUGUAUACAAGCCUUUCAUACCGUAAUUUACAGACUUAAGCAGCUACACCUAUACAGCGGUGAUUCCCUCGUCUGUUGCAGGGCUCGACGUUGCGACCCGUGGGGUCGCCAAUGCGCCCAGCUUUUACUCAGUGGCGACCAAAUUUUCACCCCUGGUCGCCAACCUGGCCCCCAAGAUAGGUGACUAUCUUCUUUGGGAAAACGUACACUAACGAUAAUCCGUUAUCCUUCACACAACUAAAUCCAUUAAUUCUUAAAUAUAAUUUUUGGCAACCAGAAUACUUGUUCUGGCGACAAAAAAUGAAAACUUGGGGGCCAGCUGGCCCCAAGAUUUUUUUCUGAAAGUCGAGCACUGUGUUGACUCACUUUGGAUAGGGGAUAGUCGUGGAAUGAAAUAUAAAUGAAAUGUAUCCUUAUGUUUAAAAGCGCAACCAUGCAGAUGCGAUUUUUAUAAUAGAGGAUUGCACAAGUCACAAUUUUGAUACACAUUAGUGGUCAUUUCAAUGGGGGCAUAGACUGUUCACAGUCCUCUAUUUUCCUGUAAGAUCGUCGCGAUUGCGAUUGUUUAUACGAGUAGCCGCCAUCUUGUUUUUUAGGCGAACGCGUCCUCUAAACACUUAGGGGACGGGCGUCAGGAAGGGUGGGGGUGGGGGUGGGAGACGGCCGCUCGUAACAUUCGCGACAAUCUUACGGGAAAAUAGAGGACUGUGAACAGUGUAAUGCAAAAACCAAUAAAUCACAAGCUUUUAAGAGCUUUGUCCUAUCCUAUCAAUGGGCUAUUGCAUUAUCUUUGUUUGUAACUAUGUGUUUAUUGCAUAAAAUUAUUCUAGGUCGGUGCAGCACUGCCACAACUCCAGGAAAUUCAGGUACAAUUGCACUGAACAUUUUUAUAGUAAUUAUUGCUAUUGUAAUUGAUUGAUUUGCUGAUUUGAAUUCCUGUUAGAUGCAGUAGACUUAGAUGUAUAUGAUUGAUCAAAUUAUAAAAUAAUAUAUUGUACAGUUCCAGAAAAAUCCAUAACCACCCCAUUGAAGGUCUCGGAUAUUCCUAGGGGGAGGGGGGUUUUAAGCCCCAAAAUUUUAGAAGAAAAGUAUGAUGCUAAAGUGGAAUUUCCUGGGGGGGGGGUGCAAAACAAAAACCUUCCGUGGGGGGAGUAUGGUUAUUUUCUGGAAAUGCACAUUCUAUUGUAAUGAAGGAAUACUGGAACUUUUAUAGUGAUCUUUUAGACUUAAUAUUUUCUUAAUAAUUAUUUUUCCAUUAGCUCAUUCUUCCCAAGAGCAAUCUAAUGAACUGCGUGCAACGGGUAAGUUAUUUAUAUUGUGUAUAAUUAGCCAUAAUUUUUUCAUAAUACCGAUUGUAAUAACCAGCCAUGGGUAAUGUUAAAAACACACUACCAGUACCGGUAAUUUGUUUACACUGAAAUACAAUUAACACAACUCAUGAUCCCUUGUUAUGCACAAAUUAUUAUCAGUCACACAAUCAGUCACACCAUAUAUACAAUGCUCUAAAUGACCAAUGACCAAUGAGCAAUGGUGAGUGGUAAACCUAACAAAAUGCUGAAUUAUGGUGAUGCUUCUUGUCACUUCAUGCUACACAACAGUUGCCAAGUGCUACUGUAUGAAUCAUCAGAUGCUGUAACCAGGAUAAAAUUGUCACAAGUCUGAAUUUUAGAGGACCAGAGAUUUUAUGUUAUAACUUUGUGAAUAUUAUUACUCUCUUUGUCACUAUAUCACAUUUGCUACCUCCAAUUAAUCACUUAGGGAGUAAUGAGUAUUGUCAUCUUUACUCUUAGGCCAUUCAUCCACAUCAUGCGCUUCAACUUCUCACGCUUCAACUUGUCACGUGAAAUCUUUCAAUAUGUUCAAAAAACUGAAAGGCCAACAGUGGAAAUCCAUUGUAAGCAAAAAGGCUGGAAGUGCAAGUGACAAAGAGAUAGAAGUGCAGAUCAACAUUGGGCUCAUGGUAUGGAGUGACAAGAACGUGUGUAUCAAACCAAAGAGAGGCAAGCGUCUUGCUUUGAGAGUGUCCAACAAAGCCACCUACAAAGUCAUCCUGCAGAAAGCUGUGGAAAAGUGGAGAGCCUUUAACAGCGACCUCUAUGAUGAGAACGAAGACUACAUUCUUCUACUUGAAAAUGGUGAAGAAGCCCAGUUUCUUCCAGGUUCAUCUGCCAGUAAAGAGUUUUUUUCCCUCAAACGAUACAAAGAAGAAACUGGAAAGGACUACAACAAAAUUGUGUUGUACCUAUGCAAGCUUAGUGACUUUCACUUUGACCUAAAUAGUGAAUCAGAUAGAGAUACUGAUGAGCUGGUUGAGGAGCCAGAGAAGAAGCGACUGAAAAGCUUGACAACUGAUGAAGAGCCUGAUGCAUCUGCUGUGUUUGCUAGUGAUGAGAAAAUUGCAAUUGAGUUACAAAGGGAGUUUGACAAUGAGUUAUCCAUUGACAUGAUUGACGCUGUCGAGAACAUGGAGGAUGGGAAAGAUGACAACAUGUCAAUGGGUACUAUCCAUCAAGAUAUUUCAAGUGUAAUUAAGUCCCUGUCUCAAAAGGUUGACCAAGAUGGUCAGUUUUUUAUUGUUUCUAGAAGAGGGUCCCCAUUUCCUAGAGUUUUGUCCCUGUGGCAAAGAGAAGCCAACAGAUCGUCUCCUGAAAAAGUGCUAAGAGUGCGCUAUAGUGGAGAGAAUGGUGUAGACAGCGGUGCAUUAUCGCAAGAAUUUCUGGCACAGUUGAUUAAUGAUAUGGGGCUGGCAGUGUUUCCAGAUGGAGCCCCCAUAAAUUCACUGUACAAUGUUCAUAACAAAAGUUUCAAAACCUGUGGGGAAAUCAUUGCAGUGUCUUUGGCUCAAGGAGGACCAGCGCCAUCUUUCUUGGAUGAGAGUGUGUACCAGUUGAUGUUGGACCCUGAUGUGAACAUUGGCAACCUAGAUGUUGACAGGCAUUUCACUGCAAAGGACAAAGAGCUAUUCGACGCAGUAAGAGCUUGUGACACAUUUGAAGGUGCUUUGUGUGAUGUAAUUGUUGACCAUGGAUACACUGGCAUCAUUGAUCAUGACCACAAAGAGGAUGUCAUUGGAACAAUGCAACUAAGCAUUAUGACCAAGCGUUUGCUGUACAUGAAAGAAUUUUGUGAAGGUCUGAAGCUGUAUGGUGCAUAUGAUGUCAUUAGGGGCAAUGCUUCUUUAUGCAAGCCUCUUUUUGUGAAAGGUUCAAAUCAGGUGGUAGAUGCCAAUUAUGUCUUUUCGCUUGUCAAUCCAAGCUACUCGGAACAGGGCUCGUCAAAACGACCACUUGAAGAGGCAGUCAUUGACAACCUACAAGAUUUUCUGAUGUCAUUGGAAGAUGAACAAAUAACUGGCUAUUCCGAGCCAGUAGCAUGGAAGGACUUCAAUGACACGAACACUGAAAGUAGCGAAGUGGAGCGAUUUCAGUCCAUGGACACCACACCAUCUGGUGUAUUGGGGUGGCUGACAGGCCAAAAGCACCGCCCCUUAAAUGGAGAGCCGCUGAAUGUCACUGCCCUCUUCGACCAUGAUUGCUUCACAAGAAAUCCUAAUCACACAAUCUGCUUUCCCCGUGUGGCAGCCUGCAGCAAGGAAAUCACAUUUCCAGUCUCCCACAUGAAAACCCCAGAACAGUUUAAACAUGUCUUACUACUUGCCAUGUGCAAAGGAAAUGCAUUUGGAAAUGCAUAG